AUGGCGCAAUCUCAACCCCCAGUCCUCGAUCUGCAGCCCCCACUCCUGAACUCGGCCAACCCUUGGGCAACUACGUUAGAGGACUUACGAGCCUUGUAUUAUUGUACUUCAACUGGCGCCGUCACAACGAGGACCUCGCUCAUCCAAGGCUUCGCCCAUGAUUCCGCCAUACACCAGCACCUUUUCUUCACCACUGGACACCACAGCGUUGCCAGAGACCGUGACCUUCUCAGUGGACCGGAGAACGCAAGCCUAAACACGCUGGGGUACAGUCCCAUCUCCCUGGAUGGCUACCUGGGAUUUAUUAGGACGAUAGCCAGCUCGCAAUCCCCAGCCCCUCCCCCAGGCAAAUACUUCAUCAUCUCUGUCACCGGCAGCCCAGAAGAAGUAGCCGAGUGCUACAAGGUCAUCGCCUCCGCUAAGCGCGACAUCCCCACCCCCCUCGCAGUGGAGAUCAACCUCAGUUGCCCUAACAUCCCGGGCGCCCCGCCGCCGGCUUACUCGGGGAUGGCCCUGGCAAAGUAUCUUACCGUCCUGAGCAGCCUGAUCGCCUCCAACCCCGACCUCCCCCGCCUGCCCUUCGGGCUCAAGACGCCCCCGUACACGCACGCCGCCGAGUAUCAGACCCUCAUCGACGCCCUGCUGGACUCAACCGCCGGCGGUGCGGAGGGCACCAGCCCCCUGAGCUUCAUCACGGCGACCAACACGCUCGGCUCGUGCCUCGUCCUCAGCUCCGGUGAUGGUGGUGGCGACGAUCCGGCCUCGCCGACGCCCUCACUCCCUGGUGCCGGCAUCGGCGGCAUGGCCGGGGCGCCGCUCCAUCCGCUGGCCCUGGGGAACGUGGCGACGAUCAGGCGCAUGCUGGACGAGCACCCCGGGGCGCUGGGCCACGUGCGGGUCGUCGGCGUCGGCGGGGUGCUCGAUGCCGGCGGCUACCGGCGGAUGAGGGCAGCUGGGGCGGCGGCGGUCGGUGUUGGGACGGGACUGGGACUGAGGGGUGUUGGUAUCUUUAGGGAGAUCGAAAGAGGGUUGGGAGGCAAGUGGAAGUAG